AUGGCGACAGGGUUGCUCAUGAGAGGAGCCAUUUCAACCGCUAAGAUUUCACCGUUAGCCUCAAGAUUCAUACCAUCUCGCCUCCAAGCCACGGCAGCGGCCGCAGUAGCCGAGCCAGUUGAGCAGCCAACAAGCACCACAAAACCAAAAGAUCUGAAAACAUUCCAAAUCUACAGAUGGAACCCAGACAACCCAACAAAACCGCAGCUCAGAAACUACGAAAUAGACCUAAACAGCUGCGGUCCCAUGGUGCUAGAUGCUUUAAUCAAGAUAAAAAACGAGAUCGACCCAACACUGACGUUUCGUCGGUCAUGUCGUGAAGGAAUUUGUGGGUCCUGUGCAAUGAAUAUUGAUGGUUGUAAUGGACUUGCAUGCUUGACAAAGAUUGAUAAAUCAGGACCGCCUAGUAUGAUCAAUCCGUUGCCACACAUGUUUGUGAUCAAAGAUCUGGUUGUGGAUAUGACUAACUUUUAUAAUCAGUAUAAGAGCAUUGAGCCUUGGUUGAAGAGGAAGAAUCCACCACCUGUUAAAGGGAAGGAGAUUCCGCAGACUAAGAAAGAUAGGGCUAAGCUUGAUGGGAUGUAUGAGUGUAUUUUGUGUGCUUGUUGUAGUACUUCUUGCCCAAGUUAUUGGUGGAAUCCUGAGUCUUAUUUGGGCCCAGCUGCUUUGCUCCAUGCUAAUAGGUGGAUCAUGGAUAGCCGUGAUGAAUAUACCAAGGAGCGCCUGGACGCAGUUAAUGAUGAGUUUAAGCUCUAUCGAUGCCAUACCAUAUUGAAUUGUGCCCGCGCCUGCCCCAAGGGAUUGAACCCUGGGAAGCAGAUCCAAAAUAUCAAGAAGCUUGAGCUAAGCUAG